CUCCCUUUCUCUCUACAGAUCUCCUCCUCCCCAAGGGAGGCUGCUGUUAAACCUUCAUCACUACCAGCGGGGCUCUCACUUCAUUCGGGAGAGAGAAGCUGGGACCGCACUGCCAGCUCGUGCCUUCCGGAUCCUAGGUGAGCUCUUGACGGCGACAGCGCUGUGGCGAACAUGGCACCCAAGAAGAAGGCUAUCAAAAAGAACAAAGCAGACAUCAACGAGAUGACCAUCAUCGUAGAAGACAGCCCGCUAAACAAGCUGAGUGCUCUAAACGGGUUCCUAGAAGGCAGCAACAGCCUUAGCUGUGUCUCUUCUGAGCUGACAGACACGUCCUAUGGCCCCAACCUCCUGGAGGGUUUAAGUAAAAUGCGGCAAGAGAGCUUCCUGUGUGACUUAGUCAUUGGUACCAAAACCAAAUCCUUUGAUGUUCAUAAAUCAGUCAUGGCUUCGUGCAGUGAAUACUUUUACAACAUCCUUAAAAAGGAUCCAUCAACGAAACGGGUGGACCUCAAUGAUAUCGCCCCCUUAGGCCUAGCCACGGUGAUCGCGUACGCAUACACGGGGAAGCUGACCCUCUCUCUGUACACAAUAGGAAGCAUCAUCUCUGCUGCCGUGUACCUUCAGAUCCACACUCUUGUGAAGAUGUGCAGCGAUUUUCUGAUACGAGAGAUCAGCGUUGAGAACUGCAUGUAUAUUGUUAAUAUCGCCGAAACGUAUUGCUUGAAAAACGCCAAAGCGACAGCCCAGAAAUUUAUCCGGGAUAACUUCAUCGAAUUUGCAGAAUCAGAGCAGUUUAUGAAGCUUACCUUUGAACAAAUUAAUGAGCUUCUCAUAGACGAUGACCUGCAGUUGCCUUCUGAGCUAGUAGCGUUCCAGAUUGCAAUGAAAUGGCUAGAGUUCGACCCCAAGAGAGUGAAGCAUGCAGCAGAUCUUCUAAGUAACAUUCGAUUUGGUACCAUUUCUGCACAAGACCUGGUCACUUAUGUUCAAACUGUACCAAGAAUGAUGCAAGAUGCCGAUUGUCAUAAACUGCUUGUGGAUGCUAUGAACUACCACUUACUACCUUAUCAUCAAAACACGUUGCAAUCUCGGCGAACAAGAAUUCGAGGCGGCUGCCGAGUUCUCAUCACUGUUGGGGGACGCCCUGGCCUGACUGAGAAGUCCCUUAGUAGAGACAUUUUGUAUAGAGACCCUGAAAAUGGAUGGAGCAAGCUCACAGAAAUGCCAGCCAAGAGUUUUAACCAGUGUGUGGCUGUGAUGGAUGGAUUCCUUUAUGUAGCUGGUGGUGAGGACCAGAAUGACGCAAGAAACCAAGCCAAGCACGCUGUCAGCAAUUUCUGCAGGUACGACCCUCGCUUCAACACGUGGAUCCACCUGGGCAGCAUGAACCAGAAACGCACGCACUUCAGCCUGAGCGUGUUCAACGGGCUCCUGUACGCGGUGGGCGGCCGCAACGCAGAGGGCAGCCUGGCUUCGCUGGAGUGCUACGUGCCCUCUACCAACCAGUGGCAGCCCAAGGCGCCGCUAGAGGUGGCACGCUGCUGCCACGCCAGCGCCGUGGCCGAUGGCCGCGUGAUCGUGACGGGCGGCUACAUCGGCAGCGCGUACUCGCGCUCCGUGUGCGCCUAUGACCCCGCGCACGACGCGUGGCAGGAGCUGCCCGAGCUGAGCACGCCGCGAGGCUGGCACUGCGCGGUGGCCUUGGGCGACAGGGUGUACGUGAUGGGGGGCAGCCAGCUGGGGCCGCGCGGGGAGCGCGUGGACGUGCUCACGGUGGAGAGCUUCAGCCCCGUAGCGCGCCAGUGGAGCUUCGUGGCACCGCUGCCCGUGGGCGUGAGCACGGCGGGAGUCUCGGCGCUGCACGGGCGCGCGUACCUGUUGGGCGGCUGGAAUGAGGGCGAGAAGAAGUACAAAAAAUGCAUCCAGUGCUUCAACCCCGAGCUCAACGAGUGGACGGAGGACGACGAGCUGCCCGAGGCCACCGUGGGCGUGUCCUGCUGCACCCUGGCCAUGCCCAACAGCGUGUCCCGCGAGUCACGGGCCAGCUCGGUUUCCUCCGUACCGGUCAGUAUCUGAACGCAUUGCUUCCCAGAGGCCUGUGGUCAGACUGCGAGUGGGCCACAAGGAAAAUAAAUACAGCGUUUACUACAGUGAUGGCGACUCAAAGCGAUCUAGAGGAAUGUCCGGGAGGCUCUAAAUUCGUAGUUUGGUAUCAUCUACCUCAGUCUUUCCCCACCUUCCACUAACAAAAUAAAGGGCUGUAGGCGACAGAAGUAAUUUCGUUCUGCAGCCACUGGGUGGCAAAUGGAGUUUGUUGCAGGCGCUUUUCCAGAGAGGCCGGCUUCCUAAAUUCCUAGCAGUUACUUGUUGAGAUUUCGUACACUGUACACGUGAAAACAUGAAUGACUAAGCAAUUUCCUAUUCAAAGAUGUCUUUUCUUCUCUGCUUCCUUUAGGGGAGUUGAAAAUACUCAUUUCAAAUUUUCAAAUGAAAAUAGUUUAUACCCAUCAAGACUUAAUUUGCAUAAUUCAACAUAAAAAUUUCUUUCCCCCUCCUUGAGUACAAAGAACUUUCAAGGACAUCUCGUGUUAGAGUCAGAAGGCUUUAAACAAGGUGUGGCGGGAGAGCAACACAUCCUGCUGGGAGACAGUAAGGCAGCAGUUUGUGGUUAAGGGCGUGUACCCUCAUCCUCUGGAAGCUACAAUCAUUUUCUAUCAUAAAAUCCUACUCUCGCCGGGCGAUGGUGGCGCACGCCUUUAAUCCCAGUACUCGGGAGGCAGAGGCAGGCGGAUCUCUGUGAGUUCGAGACCAGCCUGGUCUACAGAGCUAGUUCCAGGACAGGCUCCAAAGCCACAGAGAAACCCUGCCUCGAAAAACCAAAAAAAAAUAAUAAAAUCCUACUCUCAGAAGAGGAGCAGUUUCCAGUCGUUUAAUUUAUAGGGCAAAUUUAAAUCAUUUGACAUUUUUCUUAGAAAUGAUUUUAUCUCUUAUCCAUCACUUAUCCUUAUAUAUUGGGAAACAUCUCCCCUCCCCCCCUCCCCAAUGGUGAACUGAGGACCUCGCGAAUGCUGGAUAAGUGCUCUGCCAGGAAGCUUUUUUUUUGUUUUGUUUUAUUUAUUGAGACAGAGUCUUACUAUGUAGGCCAGAGUAGCCUCAAACUCCCGGAGAUCAGCUUGCCUCAGCCUCCUGAGUGCUGAGAUUACAGGCGUGUGUUACCAUUCCCAGUCCUUUGCUUUAUUUUAAAGUAGGGGUUUCCUAGGUUACCUAGGUUAGCCUUGAACUUAAAACUCUCCAGUUUCAGCCUCCCUAGUAACUGGGAAUUACAGAUCUGUACCACCAGGUACAACUUUACCCUAAGUUAAAUUGCUUCUACAUUAGCCCAAAUGAUCACUAAAUAGCCUUAUGUUCUUGAGUAUCAUUAACUUCGCCUUACCUUUCCGGCUGUACAGCCAAUAGCAGGAAUUUUACUGGCCCACUCUUUCUCAUGAUGAUGAUGCAGGAAGCAUUUAGGAUGCUCCUAGUUGGCAAUGACUGGAUGAAUGGAUGGAUUCACCUAUUGAGAAAUGUGGUUUGUGUCUCCUGAUGUCUAACUUAAAAUAUUAAGCCAAUAAUAUAUGUUCUUUAUGAUUUACUUUUAUUGUUAUCACUUCAAAUUGCUUUGCAAAUCAAAGACUAUCUCUCUUUCUCUCGCUCUUUUUUUUUUUUUUUUUGAGUCAGGGUCCCUAUGUAGCUCUGGUUUUCUUAGAACUAAUUAGGUAGACCAAGUUGGCAUCAAAAUCGCUGAGAUUCACUGGUCUCUACCUCCCGAGUGCUGGGAUUAAAGGCAUGUGCCAUCAUAUCAGGCAAAGUAUAUUUUUCUGCUGCCAAAGAAUAUUUUCUUAUCUGCCAAGUUUGGGGGAGAAGGGAAAGACUGUAGUAAAUGAUGCAGGUAUUCUUUUAAUAUAUCAUUUUACUCUUUUUAGUAUAUUUGUUUUUGAAGGAAGUGCCUAUUGAUUAUGGGUUAUGUACAGUUAGUUUAAGGGGAUAAAAAGGUAUCUGGAACUAUAUCUUGGUUGUCAUUAAUCCCAUCCCUUCCUACCUGUGUGUUGGGUUGUGAUGGAUAUGUCUGAAACACAGUCAUCUCUCCUUGUCUGUGGGCUACACUUCUGUAGGUGCAGCCAGCCACACACUGAAGAGAUCUGAAAAAAUUGCGUAUGUAGGAAACAUGUGCCGAACAGCCUUUCUUCUUUCUUUUCUUCCCUAAGCAAUACAGCACAACAGUUAACUAUUGCGGUGUAUUAGAUAUUAUAAUGACCUAGAAACAAUAUAAAUUCUACAAGAAGAUGUGAGCAGGUUCUAUGUAAAUACUAUGCCAUUUUGUAGAUGGGACAUGAACAUCAACUGGUAUCCCAGCAAGAAGUAGGGCAUGUCCUGCUACCAGUCUCCCAAGGAUACUGAGGAAUGGCUACAUUUGAUUCUAACUGUGAAAUGUGGUUCAAAUAAAACAUUUUUGAAACAACCUUCUUCAUCAUCCCUUACAAAAAGUUCAGUUUGGUAUUCAAUGGUGACACUCAAGAACAGACUAUAAACACUGGGGGGAAAAUAAGUAAUCAUUAGCAUAAAAAUACAGAGAGAAAAAGGAGUUUCUUCAAGGUCAAGGAAAAUCUAGCAGAGCCUGCUCUUUUGACUCCCUAACUAUGCAGGCUGGAAAACAAAACUGAGAGAGAAUGGCUUUUGGACCAAGUUAAUCACUGACUGAACUCCUAAAUUAUCAGCGGUGCAGCUGCAUUGGUAAAAUCAACCCCGUUUUCAAUGCAUCAUUUUGGACACUACUUGUUAAGUCUGUGUGAGGGUGGCUGUAGUAUCUUUUCAUGGUGAUAUAUGCACACCCCUGCAACUGAAAAGCCUACAUUAUAUCAUUAAUUUUGAAAGAGAAAAGGGUGCUUGAAUGUGGGUUGCAGAUAACGGAACAAACAGAUGUAAUUUAUUUAUGCACACUAAUAGAUACCUCUCACUUUGAGAGGGGUGUGAGGACAAGGACCUAGGUCUCCAGAAGAAGUACAAAUCAAUGCACUGUAACAUCUUAGGAUUUAAAACAGGAGAGAGACGGAAAGGAGGGGGGUUCUCCAUCUGCCACAGCUGGUACAGUAGCUGUAGUUGGUACAGUGUGGGGGGGUCCCCCAUUUGCCACAGCUGGUAUAGUAGCUGUAGAUGGUACGGGGAGAGGGUUCUCCAUCUGCCACAGCUGGUACAGUAGCUGUA